UGAGGAAGCGUGGCGAGGAGGACAGACGUCUGGUUGUGGUGCGCGCCGGGCGGCGUGGCGAGCAACAUGGAGAACGCGCUGGAACGUCGGACUGUCGUGUUGUUAUAAACCGCGAGGGAAAAAGCUACAGUCGCCGCGCCGCCGUUUAAAUGACACGGCACGAUGACGCGGUCGAAGAUCCAGAAACUCAAGUUCUUUAUAUUCCUGCUGAUCUUCCUGCUGGCGCAGACGGCAGUCUGCGACGGGACUUUUCGGGAGAAGAGAAACUCGUCGUUGACGAGUGUGGACGGCAAGGUAGUUCCUAUCGCGGACGAGAAUGCGGGAACGAACGAGAAACCUGGCGAUAAGGAUAGUCAAAGGAACGCGGUCGGGUCGCCCGUUGACGCGAAGAAACCGCCGGCCGACGGCAACAAGACGCACGACAUAACCUCGAAACCGCUGCCGUCAGACAACGUCGUCGCGAAUAAAACUGCGCACAUCGUGGACCCGUCCAGUGAGUCCAGUGAGGGCCACACCUUCAACACUGGUGCUCUUGUACGUGGUUUCUUAGUCUUUGUGGGACUAAGUAUCCUUGUCAUGGCCUAUAUCGUGUUCCGUAGUUUUAGGUUAAGUAAGACACGCGCUCAGCUGGUUCGAAAAUAUGGUGUCCUCACACACAGGCAAGAUGUCGAGAUGCGACCGCUACCACUGGAUGAGGAAGACGAUGAAGACACAACUGUUUUUGAUGCGAGUAACGUUAUGACGAUUAAUACUCAACAUCAAAACACAUAAACGUGUCUCUUAAUGAAAACGCCGUCGCGCCAUUAUAUAUGUCAUUCGUGUAAUGUUCUCGACAUUAUGUGAUUUUAAUAACAUCCAACUAACUUUACCCGUGAUGUAAGUACACGAAGACUAUCAAUUGCGAGACAGAUUAAGGCAUUUUUCAACGUCUUAAAAAGUUAUUUGCUUUGCGCAACAAGAUUAUUACCAUCAAAUAUGCAUCUGUGAUGCACUUAUCAUUAACGUACUAUGCUUGUCAGCAAUAGAUGUACUUUUCGUAAAAAAACAAGCAGAAAAAGAAAAAUACAAAAGUUUUUACCAAUACUCUCCACCCUGUUAAUAUUACUAUGU